CUUCGAAAUCUUCCCAGUAGAGCAGAGACACAUGAAAGUCCCUGCGACCCUUGCCCUCUUCGCCACUGCCACUGCCCGUGCCGCGUACCCUACGUAUGACAUCCCUGCAUUUGACGUGCAAGUGGGCUCGGAAGCAUCGUCGCUCGUGGCGGCGUUGAAGUCGACCGGUCUCGUCGCAUUGAAAAACAUCCCAGACUACUCCACCACUCGCACUGCGUACAUGCAAGCGGCCGCCGAGUGCGUGACGGCUCCCCAUGAAAACGUGAUUCACAAGCGCUUGGUGGAUGGCACCCAGCGUCGCACGUUGAGCACCCACGCCGACUUGGACUUGGUCCCCGAGUCGCUGACGAAUGCAUGCCCCGACUACGUCGCCGCCCUCAAGGCGUUCAACAGGGUAAUCGACAAGGCCGGCGUCGCGUUCGCACGGGCCCUGGAUGCCACAUCCACGUCCAUUCAGAACCACGCUGUCGAGACGGUCGUGACCAAGGGAAAGAACUUGGAGCACUUGCACGCGUAUGCGAGCUCUGCCGUGUCGUCUCCUGACUCUGAGCUUUCGUUGGAGCGACAUACGGACAACGGCCUGUUCAUCCUCAUGUCAGCGCCCAAGUUCUUCGACGCUGCGUCCAACCAACCCGUAGACAACCCCGACGCGAACGCUGGUCUGUUGGUGACGCUCAACGGCACGGACUUCCGCCCCGUGCAAAAGGAUGACGAGCUCGUGGUCAUGGUGGGCCAAGCAUUCAAUGAGUGGGGGGACUUCGGCCAUCGGCUUCCCGCCGUGCUGCAUGCGAUGGUCAUGCCUCGAUCGGCGACCCCCGUAAACCGUAUCUUCUUCGGGCGCAUGGUGCUCCUUCCCGAGGACGCUGUCAUGGCCAACACCAACACCACAUUCAGCGAAUACGCCGCCAGCACCAAGCGGUUCCUGCUCGGCCAAGACAAUGACGUGGCCACGUUUGCGUGCCCGAUCCACCGUCAAUUGCAAUCGUCCGACCCGUCUUGCACCAUUGGCAUCUGGGAGCCGUCCGCUGACAGCGCCGGUAACGUCACCAAGGCCAUGUGCAUGCGCGACUGCAAUGUGGAUGCGUCGGUGGCGCACAUGAAGAAAGAUUUCGACCGGUGCUUGGCCAACAAAUGUAUCAAGACGUCUGAAGUCGCCAAUGGCGGCACCACGUGCUGGAUGGUGUGUGUGCAAAAGUACUCGGACGACGUGUGCCCGUCCAAGUCGUCGACGUGUGUGGACGACACGUUGGUGUGCCAAGGCGGAACUGUGCCCCCCAAGGCUGGGACCUCGGCGCCUACGACCACGUCCAAGUCGGCGGCUGCCACAUCGCUGCUCUCGGCCGCUGUCGCAUGUGUCGUCGUGUUGGCAGGAAGUGUCGCAGUUUAAUUCAUCUCUUGAUUGGCCAGUCACGAUUGUAUGUGUUCACUGGAGUGAGAUUACUCGAAGCAACAUCUCGAAAACACACACAUAUAUGCCGUGUGAGGUAUACUGUAUAGAUUUGGACAGUGGCGGCGGGCAAGUAUCCAGUUACGGAUUUUGUCGAUU